AUGUCGACAACAGCAACCGGGACGAUGUCGCCAACGCCGACGCCCACCGGCGACAGGGCGCCGUCGCAGGGCGGCAUCUUCGAGGGCAUGAACCCGUCGGUCUUCAAUCCUGCAGACCCGAUAAUUAUGUUCAUCAUCCAGGCGACGAUUGUCAUCACCUUGACCAGACUGCUGUACUGGCCUUUGUCCAAGAUUCGUGAACCAAGGGUCAUUGCGGAGGUCAUCGCAGGUAUUCUUCUUGGUCCAUCUGUGCUCGGUCGCAUUCCCGGCUUCACUGCAGCCAUAUUCCCUCCGAAUUCCAUGCCACCAUUUCGACUGGCGGCCAACAUCGGCCUCGUCCUGUUUCUCUUCCUCGUCGGUCUCGAGAUCAACCUUUCAUACCUUCUCAGCAAUUGGCGCACCGCGAUCAGUGUCGCAACUCUUGACAUGGCGAUUCCUUUCGGGCUCGGUGUCGCCGUCGCUUACGGGUUGUACAACGAGUUCGGCAAUGAGCCUGGAAUCGCUCCCAUCUCAUUCGGAGUCUUCGCGCUUUUCAUCGGGGUGGCCAUGGCUAUCACUGCAUUCCCAGUUCUCUGUCGAAUUUUGACUUCCCUCAAACUUCUCAACACUACGGUCGGCGUCAUCGUUCUCACGUCUGGCAUUGCAAAUGAUGUCGUAGGCUGGGUUCUUCUGGCUCUGUGUGUUACCCUGGUCAACUCUGGCGCCGGCGUUACUGCGGUAUGGAUCUUGCUUGUCUCUGUGGGAUUCGCAUUAUUCCUGGGCUUCGCAGUACGGCCAGCGUUCAUGUGGGUUCUGCGCGGGACGAAAAGUCUGGAGAACGGUCCUACUCAAGGAGUCGUGGCCCUGACCCUCCUUCUUGUCUUGGCUUCCGCGUUCUUCACGAGCAUCAUUGGAGUUCACUCCAUCUUCGGCGCAUUCAUGGUCGGCCUCAUGUGCCCUCACGAAGGAGGCUUUGCCAUCAAACUGACUGAGAAGAUCGAAGAUCUGAUCUCGACCUUGUUUGUGCCACUGUUCUUUGCGUUGUCUGGUAUCAACACCAACCUCGGCUUAUUGGACAGUGGCCGCACAUGGGGGUACGUGGUGGCCAUUAUUUUCGUGGCUUUCUUUAGCAAGGUGAUUGGAGGUACUGCUGGAGCUCGGAUGAACGGUCUUGUCUGGCGAGAAUCCUUCACGAUCGGUACGCUCAUGUCGUGCAAGGGACUUGUUGAGCUUAUUGUCUUGAACAUCGGCUUGCAGGCAAAGAUUCUCAGCACCAGGACUUUCACCAUGUUUGUCGUCAUGGCGCUCGUCACAACCUUCGCCACCUCCCCUCUCGUUAUGUGGCUGUACCCUCCGUCGUAUCAACAGAAGUUGGAUUUGUGGAAGAGAGGAAAGAUCAACUGGGACGGUACACCUAUCCUGCACGAAGGACUUGAUGGUGAGGUCGAAGACGAGCAGAAGGAAGUCGCCAGCAAGGUAUUAGUUUACCUUCGCACCGAUGGUCUUUCUAGUUUGAUGUCUACCAUCUCAAUGUUCACCAGCGGGCAGUCGUCGUCUCAUUCAAAGAGCUCAUCUCUUGACGUUCAUGGACAACGCAGCGGUGAGAAAGGCCUUGUCGACCACGCGGCGGUUGUUCCGGAAGUAGAGCCGCUGCACCAAGAGCUCCUGCGAUUCCAUGGUUGUCGAUUGGUCGGUCUCAGCGAGCGGAAUUCCUCUGUCAUGAAGGUCUCGGAGAUCGAGGACUACGCCGGACAUGACCCUAUCAUCAAAGCCUUCGGUACAUCUGCCAAUAACACUUCCAGGGAUGUUGUGAUUUCCGGACAGAUCGCCGUCGUACCCGAGGAUUCCUUCGCUGAUACGCUGGCUACGGAGGCCAACAAGCUCAGCACCGACCUCAUCCUGGUUCCCUGGAGUGAAACUGGCACGAUUUCCGAGCUUCCCUCAUUCUACAGCGCCACCACUCGCGGAGACCCAAUCACCAGCGGCGACUUUUCCAAUCUCAUGUGCAGUAUCUUUGACGAAGCCAAGCACGUCUCAGCAGUCGCGACCUUCAUCGACGCAACGCUCUUCGACAAAUCAACCACUUCAGAAACCGCCAGAAAACCUCGACAACUCCAACGACAUGUCUCCGGCGUCAGCCUCACCGAGCUCCAAGACCCUUCCGCAGCCAGGUUCUUUUCCGCCGAACGCCGUGGCAAGAAAUCCAUCCGUGUCCUCUACACCGGUGCCGAGGACGAUCUGUUCGGCGUCAGACUUGGAAUCCAGCUGGCUCAGAAUGAGAACCUCGAAGUAACCAUCGUUGAGGCCGCAGACCCUGAUGCAUCUGCGAACAUGAAGUACGUACGCAUCAAGGCCAACGUCCACGAUGAAAUCGCCAAUCGUAUUCUUUAUCACACACUCAACGUCAAGAGGGAUAUCCCGACCUCGUCGAUCAUUUCAGACCUUCUGUCUCUGGGAAAUGGCGACAAGAGAGCAACCACAUUCGUCAUCGGCCGUUCCGCGACAGCGUCACAGUCUGCCAGUAUUGACUUGGACGGGUCAUCAAGUAUCGUUGACCCGCAGAAGACUCUCGGGUCUACGGCAGCCCAACUCGUUUCCGAGAUCAAGAAGAAGAGCGUUUCCGACGUUAGUGUGAUGGUUGUGCAGGGGAGGCAUCAACAGAGGGAGACGCAGACGCUUCACAGAAAACCAAGCACGUAUUCCCACGCGAGUAAGGAGUAG